AUGUCGUUUAGCACACUGCAAGCUGUACAGUGCGCACUGAAACAUAACAUUGGAACACUUAAAGCUGCCAAUGCUUCUGCGGCAAACUGUGCCGGCGGCGUUCUCUCUGGAAACACACUGGUCAUACCGGUGGAGCAACCAGCUGUCCCGAAGCACAACGCCGACCCAAAAGAGGUAGCCAGUCUGUUUUUGUCUAUCGAAGAACAACUGCAGCUUCAGAUCAAUAAGUGCAAAUACGACUCGGAGUAUUAUGCAAGUAUAGGAGAGAUUGCCAAUGUGAACAAAGCGAAGAAAAUGCUGCAAUGCAGUGCGGUAGACUUGAAUGUAGUGCAGGCGUGUAGAUUGAGGGGAGAGUUGCCGCCCAAGAUGCACUAUGAGCAACGUGCCUUCACUAAAAUAAGGGUAAACAGUGAUCUGAACGAGGGUGAGUGUGAGGUUCUGGUGUCGCGGGCGAUCAACCUCCCAUGUGCAGACGGGACCAAACCCUCCGAGCUGUCCACCUUCGCCAAGUGGUCUUUCCCUUGGCCAUCUGACUCCUCAACUGUUGGCCAGACAUGUCUGGUUAAGAAUACGGACAAGCCAGUGUACAAUUUCAAGCAGAAGCUGCCGAUAUCGGACAAGAAGGAGAGAAUGUCCAGACAGGUCAGAAGGAAGACAUUCGACGUCACAGUCCUAUCCAAGGGUGGUAUUUUCAAGUCUGACAGGGCCAUAGGAGUGGCCCAAGUGAAGCUGGACAUACUGGACAAAAAGUGCACUCUACACGAAGUCAUUCAACUAAUGGACCCCGUGCAUACAAGAAGUAAAAGCACUUGUGGUAAAAUUGAGGUCAGUGUGCGAGUGAGAGAACCAUUCGUGUCCAAAGAUACCGAAGAUGUGAUCGAGAAGUGGCUGGUAGUCGACGCCGAACCAACGAAACCCAUUCAGCCUCCUAAAUUGCAAAACUCCCCUCAACAGACAACAGCAAUUGCAAGUGAAGCGGAAGCUGAAGGCAGUUCAACCGCUGGGAAAGAGAAAAAACGAGCACCGGCAGAAAACAAAAACGAGACCGACCCGAAUACCCUGAGCGCAAGUACCAAGUCACCCCCAAAAAACAGAAAGAAAUCUCCAAUACCCCCGCCCAGAGCGCCCCCUGGAGGUUCAAAAUAAGAGAAAACUAAUGACUGCUCUGAGAGUAGAAUGUAAAUUGAAUUGUGAUGUAAUUUAAGACUUGAUAUGUCCCUUCGCCCAUAAAUAGAAAUAGUUUCGCAAUUUCUGUCCUAUCAAACAAUGGUGCUCGUUCUAAAAAAAAUGAAAUAACGUUUUCUCGAACCAUUAUUUUUGCAAUUUCUCCGAAUUCUAAA